ACACAUUAUGAACACAAGAUGAUCCAAGAAGUUGCUUUUAAUCUACAUACUGUAUAUUCCCUUUGUGGACUAAUGAUUUGACUAAGGGCGUUUUCACACCUAGUUCGUUUGAGCACUCCAAGCGCUCUCAGAGUGGUAUUACAUGUAUAUGUGAACAACCCAAGUGGUCUCAGACCCCCUAAAAGGACCCAAAAACCGUACUCUGACCACCUCCUGAUUUGUGGACCAUGAGGUACUUAUGUCAUAAUAUGUAAAGCAGACUGGUACCUCUUUGCUUUCACAUUGCACACGUACCAUCUACUUAAAGAUUGUUGCAAAUCACAUACACCCCUUCAUGGCAACGGUAUUCCCUGAUGGCAGUGGCCUCUUUCAGCUGUAUAGUGCGACCUGCCACACUGCAAAAAUUGUUUAGGAAUGGUCUGAGCAGCAUGACAAAGAGUUCAAGGUGUUGACUUGGCCUCCAAAUUCCACAGAUCUCAAUCCGAUUGAGCAUCUGUGGGAUGUGGUGGACCAACAAGUCCAAUCCAUGGAGGCCCCACCUUGCAAUUUACAGGACUUAAAGGAUCUGCUGCUUUAACACAGUAAAGGAUGAUAUGCAUGAAGAAUGCAAAUCACUAAAAACAAAAGAAGAACAUAAAUAUUGAUCUGUUGCUCACACACACCUAUCAUAUUGCUUCAGAAGAUAUGGAUUUAACCACUGGAGUCUUAUGGAUUACUUUUAUGCUGUGUUUAUAUGCAUUUUGGAGCUUCAGAUUGUUGGCACCCAUUCACUUGCAUUGUGAGGACCUUCAGAGCUGAAAUAUUCUUCUAAAAAUCUUCAUUUGUGUUCAGCACAAAAAAGAAAGUCAUACACAUCUGGGAUGGCAUGAGGGAAGGGCUCAGCCGUGCCUGGGAGCCCAGGGAGCCACUGCCUGUGUCCCUAGAGGUAGACACUGUUAAACCACAGGACAUGAACGCAGCCAAAGGAGGCCUGGUCAUCUUCACGGCCAACUCCAAUCCCUCCAGUAAAGAGCUGGCAAAGAGGAUCGCAGAGCGGUUGGGUGUGGAGCUUGGGAAGGUUCGUGUCUAUCAGGAAGCGAACAGAGAAACGCGGGUCCAAAUCGAAGAGUCUGUGCGCGGCAAAGAUGUCUUCAUCAUCCAGACUGUGUCCAAGGAUGUUAAUACCACCAUCAUGGAGCUGCUCAUCAUGGUGUAUGCCUGCAGGACCUCCUGUGCACGGAACAUCAUCGGCGUCAUUCCCUAUUUUCCCUACAGCAAACAGUGCAAAAUGAGGAAAAGAGGCUCCAUUGUGUCUAAGCUGCUUGCCUCCAUGAUGUGUAAAGCAGGUCUGACUCAUCUCAUUACGAUGGAUUUGCAUCAAAAGGAAAUCCAGGGUUUCUUUAACAUUCCAGUGGACAAUCUUCGGGCUUCACCAUUCCUACUACAAUACAUCCAAGAAGAAAUUCCUGAUUACAGAAAUGCUGUAAUUGUGGCCAAAUCUCCAGCAUCAGCCAAAAGGGCCCAGUCAUUUGCUGAAAGGUUGCGACUGGGCAUUGCUGUGAUCCAUGGUGAAGCCCAGGACGCUGAAUCGGACCUGGUGGAUGGACGUCACUCCCCCCCACCCACUGUCAAGAACAUUGGAGCUAUCCAUCCGAGCCUAGAGAUACCUUUGCUGAUUCCCAAAGAAAAACCCCCGAUAACAGUGGUCGGAGAUGUGGGUGGACGAAUUGCCAUCAUAGUGGAUGACAUCAUUGAUGAUGUUGAUAGUUUUCUGGCAGCUGCUGAAACUCUGAAAGAAAGAGGUGCCUACAAGAUCUUCGUCAUGGCCACUCAUGGAAUCCUGUCCUCUGAUGCACCUCGGCUAAUAGAAGAGUCUGCCAUAGACGAGGUAGUUGUCACCAACACCAUCCCACAUGAGAUCCAGAAACUACAGUGUCCUAAGAUUAAGACGGUGGACAUCAGCAUGAUACUGUCGGAAGCCAUUCGGCGCAUCCACAAUGGAGAAUCCAUGUCCUACCUAUUCCGUAAUAUAGGCAUGGAUGAUUAACAGAGCCAUAAACAGCCAGUCGUUCCAUGUGCACAGAGGUCAAGGCUUUUUCAGUUCCUGAAUUAUUUUGGUAAGGCUAUAGCCUGUCUCGUUAAUUCUUUUUUGCUCAAAGUAUAACUGGUUCUCUUUGUUCUGUAUGUGAAGCAUUUGAAAUAAUACCUCAAAGGGCCACCAAACAAGAAGUUUAGCAUUGUCACGUGAGUUCAGUGUCCAAGAAAGCUUUAUGGAAGGAUGUUCUAAUUGCAGAAAAAAAAAACUUAGACAUUUUUUCAAAGUUUAGACUUUACAUUACUGGAUUAAAAAAAGAACCACUGGAUGUGAAAAUUCUGUCUUAAUCCAUUUUUUAACUGUAGAUGAGCUUUUGAUGUAGCUCUUAUUGUUUCUGUUGAAGGAUUGUGAUCUCCACUAUGUGGCCAACAAUUACAAAAUGUGACAUUGACCAUAUACAGUUGAAGUCAGAAGUUUACAUACACUUAGGUUGAAGUCAUUAAAACUAAUUUUUUAACCACAGAUUUAAUAUUUGCAAACUAUAGUUUUGGCAAAUCGUUUAGGACAUCUACUUUGUGCAUGACACAAGUAUUUUUUUCAACAAUUGUUUACAGACAGAUUGUUUCACUUUUAAUUGUCUAUAUCACAUUUCCAGUGGGUCAGAAGUUUACAUACACUACGUUAACUGUACCUUUAAGCAGCUUGGAAUAUUCCAGACAAUUAUGUCAAGCCUUUUGACAAUUAGCCAAUUAGCUUCUGAUAGGAGGUAUACUGAAUUGGAGGUGUACCUGUGGAUGUAUUUUAAGGCCUACCUUCAAACUCGGCGCUUCUUUGCUUGAUAUCAUGGGAAAAUCAAAAGAAAGUCAAAACCUCAGAAAAUUUUUUUUUGGAUACCACAAGUCUGGUUCAUCCUUGGAAGCAAUUUCCAAAUGCCUGAAGGUACCACGUUCAUCUGUACAAUAGUACGCAAGUAUAAAAACCAUGGGACCACACAGCCAUGAUACUGCUCCUGAAAGUGACGCAUUCUGUCUCCUAGAGAGGAACGUAAUUUGGUGCGAAAAGUGCAAAUCAAUCCCAGAACAACAGCAAAGGGCUUUGUGAAGAUGCUGGAGGAAACGGAUAGACAAGUAUCUAUAUCCACAGUAAAAUUUAAACGAUUUAAAUUAAAUGCUACUGAAUACUAACAAAGUGUAUGUAAACUUCUGACCCACUGGGAAUGUGAUGAAAGAAAUAAAAGCUGAAAUAACUGACCUAAGACAGGGAAUGUUUUCUAUGAUUAAAUGUCAGGAAUUGUGAAAAAUUGAGUUUAAAUGUAUUUGGCUAAGAUGUAUGUAAACUUCUGACUUCAACUGUAUGAAAGCUCUAUGCUGUGACAUAUCAGUGUCAGUGCCUCAUCACUUGUGUAAUUAUUGUGCCACUAGAUGUUUCUGUGUAUCUGUGUUGAACACUGGGCUGUGCUGAUGUUAGAUUGAAUAAUUAUUUUGUACAUCCAAAGUACAUUCAUAAACAUGAAUUAUUGUGCUUAAAUUAUUGCUUAAAAUAUAGAAGCUAAAGCAUUGUAAAGCACUUGAUUGAAUGUUUUUUUUUUUUUUUUUUUUUUUUUUCCUGCUAAAUUGCUCUGCUAAUACUUAAACAUGAGCAUUUGUUUGUUUAUUUAUUUGCCAAUAAUGGGAAUAUAUGACAAUCCUUGCCUCAUAAAUGUUUGGCCUUGGCAGCCAGAAUUUCUAAAUAUCUUGCCACUGAGAACUUGAUUUCUCAUUUUAGGUGAAAUGCAGGGUUUUUGUUACAUAAAUAAGAAUUCAGGUUUUUGUAUUUAUUUAAAGCAAUUGAUGAAGAAUAAACAAUUUAAAGUG